AUUGGGCUAUGAAUAUUGAGAUCUGUGAUAUAUGCAAUCACGAUCCUGCACAAGCGAAAGAUGUUGUUCGAGGUAUUAAAAAGCGUCUUGGUAGCAGGAAUCCGAAAGUUCAGCUGCUUGCCUUAACAGCUUUUUCUCACAUAUGACACAGAAGUUGGCAGUUCCCAGCCUCUCAAAAUUCUCUAUCUGGUUGUUGUGUUGGAUUUCAGAUACGUUUACUUUUCAUUAAUGUAGAGCAUGGUCAAUUGCAAACUGGUGCAAUUAUUCUCUUCUUGCAGAACUUUGGAGAAGGCUUGGGGAAUUAUCAAGUUCUUGUAAUUCAAUAGGAUAUUAGGAUGACAACUGUAUUCAUGUUUAUAUAAUCUUUUAUAAAGGAACUAUAGAAGAGCACAAAACAUAAGUUGGGAAAACCUAGUUUUCUGAACUAUAAAGAAUGAUCUGUUUCUUGAUCGUGGAUGAGGAUGUUUGAGGUGCAUUAUUUUGAAAACUGAGAUACUAUAACUCUAGUUAGUAUAAGAAUUUAGAAACACAGAAAUUUUUAUCGCGACCCAAAGAGAGAAAAUAUGCCUGCACUCUGGGAGAAAUUGAAAACUGUAUUUGUUAAGACCAGUGAUCUUCUACUUGUGGAAUUCAAUGGUAUUCAACAACUGAAGAAUGUUAAUAGAAAAGGGGCAUAAAUUACAAUAAAGUAACAAAAGAGGCUAAAAUGUUGGACUGUACACUUAAACAAUGAGCAAGUUCCUGUUGUUUGACUAUUUAACUUUUUUCCAUAACUUUGAAGAAGUUACUUAUGAUAAUACCUUCCUGCAAUUUCUUGAAUGGGAAUCCUUGUAACCACAUAGAUGGGAUCAAUUAUGCAUAUUUGCUAAGAUGGGAUAAUAUGUGAAAGGAAUUGAUUACUUGUUAUUGUCCAGAGGAUUCUAAGUGGCUGAAAGUAAGGGGUGUGUGUAUCGUAUAUGAUUACCAUAUGACAUGCAACACAAGGGAGGGUGAGAAUGCAUAAAUUGUGCUAUUGGAGACUGUUGUGAAGAACUGUGGUGAUAUGGUCCAUAUGCAUGUUGCUGAGAAAGAUUUGCCUCAUGAGAUGGUGAAAAUGGUGAAAAAGAAGCCAGACUUCCAUGUCAAAGAGAAGAUAUUGAUUCUAAUAGAUACUUGGCAAGAAGCUUUUGGAGGACCAAGGGCAAGAUAUCCUCAGUAUUAUGUGGCAUACCAGGAUUUAUUGCGUCUUGGUGCAGUUUUCCCUCAGAGAUCUGAGAGGUCAGCUCCUGUUUUCACACCACUGCAAACACAACCCUUGACAUCUUAUCCACCGAAUAUUGGCAAUCCAGUACCUAGAGCUGAUGGAGCUGAGUCUUCUGCAGAAGCUGAGUUCCCAACAUUGAGCUUGACGGAACUUCAAAAUGCACGAGGUAUCAUGGAUGUCCUAUCAGAAAUGUUGAGUGCUUUAGAUCCUGGAAACAAAGAGGGAAUUAAGCAGGAAGUCAUUGUUGAUCUGGUCGAACAAUGUCGUACCUACAAGCAAAGAGUAGUGCACCUUGUGAACUCAACUUCGGACGAAUCACUAUUGUGCCAAGGGUUGGCACUGAACGAUGACUUGCAACGUGUACUGGCAAAGCACGAAGCACUUGCCUCUGGUGUUGUCCCUGUUCAGUCAGAGAAGUUAAAUCCUGAACCACCUAAAGCCUUGGUACCUGUUGAUUCUCCUCUUAUCGACACUGGUGAUACCAAACAAUUAGAUCGAGGCCCUACAUCGAGUAUUAGCGUAGGGACGACACAGUUGUCUAUCCCUCCUCCCACGACUAAUGGCCAGUUGUCAACUCCUGUAAAGGCUGACCCAAAGAUAGAUCUAUUGAGUGGAGAUGACCUCAACGCACUGGCACUUGUUCCUGUGGGACAGCCCCAACCAACUAGCCCCGCCGCUUCUCAGCACAACGCUCUUGCACUCGUCGACAUGUUUUCAGAUGGUAAUAGCAAUCAACAGCCGACUCCUGUUGGACACGUCUAUCCUUCUCCUUCCCAGUUUCAGCAGCCACAAGACUCUCACGCUCCGCAGCCUUCUGCAUACCCAAAUGGCACCUGGAACGGUCAAGUAACCCAACAGCAGCAACCACCCUCACCAGUUUAUGGUCAUAUGACCCAACAGCAGCAGCCACCCUCACCAGUUUAUGGUCAAAUGACCCAACAGCAGCAGCCACCCUCACCAGUUUAUGGCGCUCAGGUAAACGACUCCUUCCCACCUCCGCCAUGGGAAGCACAACUUGACAGCAGUCUGCCUGCAGCAAACCAACCUCAAGAAAUGCAAGCAACUCAAGGACUAGUAAAUCAUGCCCAACCAUCGCCUAGUGGCGCUUAUGUUACAGGUCCACAACCCAUGGCUCAUGAUCAGGCAGUGCUUGGUGUGUAUAAUGGAGGCCAGUUCACAGCAAUGCAGAGCAACCAAAUGCAAGAUCCUUACCCGAUGCAGAACCCACAGCAGCACGCGGUUAUGUAUCCGCAGCAAAUGCAAGCUAAUCCUCAGAUGGGAUACAUGUAUCUUCCUCAACAGAUGUACAACAACCAAAUGCCUGCUGGUUAUGGAUAUGGAUACAGCUAUGGCCAAGGCCAAGGUCAAGGUCAAAAUCAAAUGCAAAAUGCGUACUUUGCUCAGCAAACCAUAUCUGCAAUGUCAGUAAGGGAUGACAGCGGGCUGAGAAAUCCGGCAUCAAACAUUCUUCCAUCUGGAAGGCAGGCUAGGGCGGAGGACAAGCUAUUCGGGGACCUUGUCGACAUCUCUAAGUUCAAACCGGGGAAGACAACACCAGGUAGAGCUGGGAGCAUGUGAAGAGAGAUAGAGAUGGCCUUCUUUGACUGCUGGUGCAUAUAUAUAUUCUUCACCUUCAUGUGUCGUCAUGCCUGCAUUUCUUUUCUUUUUGGUAUUUAUUUGUUAUGGAUUUCUUGUUAGUAGAAUCAGGUACAUUUUCAUUGUAGAAACGGAAACUCGUAUAAAAGAAAAUAACAUUUUUCACUUUUUUGGUU